AUGGAAGUCGGUAAUCAACAUAACCAAAGUUAUUGGUUUGUAGUGCGGGAGGAUCAAAACAAUGUUAUAUUUAGUAGCAAUAAUUGUAACAUACAAAACCCUCAAAUUCCUGGACAAGAAGCUAGUUAUAUUGUGGAUACCGGCGAUAAUAGAGAAUACAUUCAGGUAGAUAGCACUCAAACUACAGCAACAGAACCUAUUACAAAAACUAAUACUAAACCACAUCUUCUCAUAAAUGAUGAGAAUUUUUGGGAUAGAAACAAAAUCAAGCUCUUAUUGACACUAUGUCUUGAUAGGAGAUUUAAAUGUCCUGAUACUGAUAAAAUUUUAUUUAAUGAAAUAUCUAUUUUAAUUGGAACUACUCCUGAAGAGUGUGAUAAAAAGUAUAGAAGUCUUAGAAGAACAUAUGUAAGAUUAAUCAAAAAGAAAAGAUUAGGCAAAGACAUAAAAUGGAUUCAUUUUGGUACUUGUGAUAGUGUAUUUAAACAUUGUAAAACCUUAUCUCCGUCGCUUCUAGAACCUUGGGAGGAUAGUAAAAUCAGGCAACUAUUGAGUCUUUAUAUUGAAAAUAUCAACCAAUUUCGCAAUAGUGAGAGCUUACAAAAGGAUAUUUGGAAGGAAAUAGCAUCUCAAUUAGAUACCACAGAGUAUAAUUGCUAUCAUAAAUUUAAAAACUUAAAGAGAACUUAUUUUAAAUGGGUAGAGAGGACCAGGGAGACAGGAAAAUUAAUUAAAUGGCCUUAUCACCACUAUUUUGAAAGGAUAUAUUAUAAUUAUAGGCCUAACUUAAAAGCCUGGGAUAAGAAUAAAAUUCGUUCAUUAAUAAAUGCAUAUUCAGAAAUUGCUCACAAGUUUAGAAACCCUAAAUAUCAGAAAAAGGAACUUUGGAAGGAAAUAUCACUUAAACUAGAUGAAAAUCCAAGCCACUGCGAUAGAAAGUUCAGAAAUCUAAAGCAAACAUAUAUUCGAUUAAAAAAUAGAUCAGAUUCUGGUAGAUCUAUGAUAAAGUGGAGAUAUUACAAGGACUUUGUUGCUUUAUUUGAUAAUGGAUCAUAUACAAUUGUUGAUGAUGGACAGGAUAGACCGUUACGUCAAGACUAUGUUGAGCAAUUGUUAACAUUUUGUAUUAAAAAUAAAGAGAAAUUUAAAGAUCCCCUAGGAAGGAAAAGAUUAUUAUGGAAACAAAUAAGUCCUAAGUUGGGUCUAACUCCUGAAGAAUGUGGCAAAAAAUUUAGGAAUUUGAAACAGACUUACAUUAGGCUUGCAGAAAAAAAACGACACACUGGCAAAAACACUAGUUGGCCAUAUUUCUCAUAUUUUGAACAAAUUUAUGAUAAAAAGGCACCUAAAAGAGACUGUCUUUACAAAUGUAAUGUAGAAAACUUAACUAUGCCAGAAAUACGACAAUUGGUUAAUAAUAUUCAAUCAAAAGAUACAGAUAACUUUGAGAAGCUAGUCAGGGUUAUAGAGGAUUCCAAUAGUAUUCAACGUGAAAGGAACAGGAUAUUGCUAGCACUACUCAAUAAGAAG